AUGGGUAGGUGUGUAGCCGAUGCAGGAUACGCCCUCUUUCAAAACUCCAGGGUCGUUGUGGGAAAGUACAGAGGCUCAGUUAACAAAGCAAGUAAGCUUCUUACUACCACAACUGGACUUAUUAUUGCUUGUGUGGCUUUAUGGUCAGCCAUUGGUGCUAUGAUGGAUGGUAGGAAGGCUGUGAAAAUAGCUGAGUGGACGGCUAGGAAAGACUACUGGGAGUUCUGUGAAACAAUUGAAGACCAGGAGGACGGGUGUGACAGAGUAACAAAAGAACCCUUGGGUCCACCGCCACACUCGUUCUCAGGAGACAAUCAACAAAAUGGACUACUGGCUGGAGAAGCCAGAGAGCUCCUGCCUGCCCAGUCACCUGGCACCGGAGUAGCAAACAGCUCGGGUGUUGACUUUCACCAUUCUUCCAUGACAGGCACUUCACGCCGAGUGAUUUUUGGCAGUGGGUUGGAAACCACUUUUGACUUCAAGCCCACUGCAACCACUCUUCCGUUACUCCGAAUGGACACCGGAAUGACCUCGGCCCUCAUAAACGCCGACAGUCCAACUUCAGUUCCGUCAUUUGUUCGACCACGACUUCUGCCGUCAAUCCCGGCGGCAAUCUGGCCAUCGGACCCGUUGUUAAUCCAAGAAUCAACUCCUCUGCCGGGGUUCUCGUGUCGUAUCUGCAAGGCCACACUGAAAUUAGGUUUUGAUGAGCCACCAGAACACCCCUGGGAUCACAAUAAUUGUUACUUUGUUUCUUGGUGCUGGUCAUGCAUUGAUGAAGCUCUUUAUGGGCUUUCUCACCAGCGCGUAGACAGUCCUCCUCGUGGUAUGGUCCUACAUAUCAAUGAUAUUCUCAGAAUCAAUGCGGAAACAAGAGAUGAUGGUGGUGAAGUCGACUCUGUUCUGACACAGAUCUCAUGGCAAAGGAACUUCAAUCAAGUUGUCGAAGCUCUCCUCUAUCGGGUGUACUUUGUCUACAAUGGUGAUGAAAAGCACGGGGGGCCGCCCUAUCCUGAUGAUGGAUACAAAAAGCGCAUAGUUGAGCCUUGGAUAAAUGAGAUUGGUGGGAUUCUGUGUUACUGGAGGAGGGUGGAAAAAGAGGGAAGGCUCACUAGGCCCAGCGGUUUAGAGUCAGGGACCAUAUGA